AUCACCCAGGAGGCAGGAGAGUUUAUGAUUACCUUUCCGUAUGGUUACCACGCUGGCUUCAACCACGGCUUCAACUGUGCCGAGUCGACCAACUUCGCCAGUGUCCGAUGGAUCGACUACGGCAAGGUGGCCACUCAGUGUACAUGCAGUAAAGACAUGGUGAAGAUCAGCAUGGAUCCCUUUGUGAAGUGGUUCCAACCGGACCGCUAUGCUGUGUGGAAGCUUGGGAAAGACUGCUGUCCUCUGGACCACACCCGAGCCACGCCCGCCACCACCCCAGAACUGCAGAACUGGCUUCAGCGCAGCCGGGUCAAGACCCCUGUGAACAGCAGCCUCUCACACCCACGGACCAGAUCCAAGCGCCUGAGGACCAGCGAGGAGCCUGUCGCCUUGGAAGGGUGCUCUGUCCUGGGAAGGAGGAGGGGCCUCGGAGGCACCCUGGGUCCUAAGGUCCGGAGAGGCUGCAGGGCUGGGGAGGAUGAGGACGAUGAGGAGGAAGGAGAGGAUCAGACUGAGAAUACACUCCGGCUCCCUGGUCCUUGUCGGCAGAUGUGUGUGGUGAAAGUCAACAGAAUGGAAGUGGAGAGUGACCGGUUGGCCUUCCCCUGUCCUCCUGAACCUCUGCGCCCCUUGUCUUUCCCCUCACCCUCUUCCGACUUCUCUUCUCGCCCUUCUCCCUCGCUGACCCCUGUCUCAGUGGACACCACAGAACAAGGGACAGGGGCGGGGACUCACCCCUCACCCCAUCUGCAUCCCACUAACCCCCCACAGAACCCCUCAGGGCCAGAGUUCGCAGAGGUCAUUAAAGGACCCCAUCAGACGUCUGAGGCUGCCCCAACACCUACCCGAUCAGAAAGAAGAGAAAUCCCCGGAGGACCGUUUAAGUCAGUAUGUAUAGAAUCGACUCCACUGGGACAGGUCCCCGAGGACUGCUCUGUGGAUGUCCACCCCUCUCCAGACCCCUUACGGACCAGGUUACCUUCCCCCAGAACGGUGCACCCGACUGGGGCUGAGGGGUGUACGGACUCGGCCUGUGGCCCUGGAGCUUUUCAGUCCAGUUCCUCUUGCGUAGAGAAGUCGUCUUUAAACCUAACCUCAACCCUAGCCCCCGGCACUCAGUAUAAAGUGGAUAUGUGUCAAGGUACUGCGGUUAAUACUACUACUACUACUACUACUACUACUACACACAGCAGUCACACCUCUGAAAGCAAAACACCAGCACUUUACAAUGACAUUGACACGAAUACUGACUCCGGGUCCAGAGGACGUGUUAUUUCUGGUUCUGGUUCUGGUCCAGCUAACUUGUUCAGGUGUAGUGAAAAAAACCGCACUCCCGUUGAAAACCGUUCCUCUCUCCCUAUGUGUACUACACACAACCACGUCCCCAUACAAAACCCUUCCCUUCUUCCUAUGUGUAGUUUACGAGACCGUUGCCCUCCUCUCCUCCAGAGGAACAACGGGGUCGACAUGCCCUUCCUCACUCCAGAACUGUCUGGAGAGACGAGGUUCUACCCGCCUCUGCCGCCCGUUCUCACCCAGGAGAUGCCCUCCCUCACACUCGCCGUCAGCGGAGGUCACGCCGAGAUCAAAGGUCAGCGGUCGUCGUCGUCGUCCUCGACUGGCCGACACGGUGGUGCUCUAACCUUACCGGAUUUGCCGGGCAGUCACCCGGUCCUCGCCCCCGUGCUCCGACGCGAGAUACCCACGACCCUCUCGCCAGGAACGGAAACGUUAACGGACGAGGUGUGCGAGGUAGAGUUGGCGUCAAAGAAGUCGGAGGAAGAGGAUUUUCGACCGUUAGCGCCUUACAGAGACUGGCGCUUGGGUUCUGCUGAAGACCACCAUAGACCAGAGCUGGAUUUACAGGUAGCGGCUUACGUGGCUAAUGCAACUAGUAAUGCUCGGCCCAAAAUGGCCGCCUCUGAUCACAAAAUGGCCCCCUCUCGGCACUCUGGUCCUACUGAAGACCACCACCAUAGGCCAGAGCUGGAGGUACAGGUAGCAGCUUACGCGGCUAGUGCAACCAGCGACGCUCAACCCGAAAUGGCCGCCUCUCUGCACAAAAUGGCCGCCUCUCUGCACAAAAUGGCCGCCGACGCUUCCCAUCUAGAAGCACUACCAAUCCAAACAAUGUCUGAGGCCGUGCUGACCACCGAGAACCACUGUAGUCGAACCUCCGCGGAGACCCAUGCUAGCAAUAACAACCACAUGCUCUCUGACGUUACACUACUGCCAACGCAGCAAAUCCAGAAACACGGGUCCUCGACGGUAACUACAGCAGUAUCCAUGGACUCCGACUCAGAAGGAUCCUCUCAAAGAGACGAUGUAUUUAGAGACUCCAGUACUAAGGGUUUAUAUCUCGCUAGCACCAGUUUGACUUCUAAAGAUAAGUUGGCCCACUCUUCUGAGCUGAGUGAAUUAAAUAACCAUUUAGCAACAGUACAACACCAACACAACCAUGACCAAACUCCACACUCAAACAUGGAUGCCGUUUGUAGUUCACGAAAUGUGGAAUCCAUUUGUAGUUCCCAAAAUGUGGAUUCCAUUUGUAUUUCUCGAAACGUGGACUCUGUUUGUAGUUCCCAAAACCUCUACCUGGAGCCCAAACCUUUCUCAGACGGCAUCUGGAAGAACCUCAACUCCCAGAGUCCUGCGGUGCUCAUCGAGAGCCUCCACCACCCGGAGCUCCCCGCCGACUAUACCCACGAUGCACUACCUUACACCAUGUGGACCGAGCCGCAGUGCAAAGAGGUCACAGACCUCGAUCACGAAACUGAAACGGACGACCAGGACCCAGAGGGACAUGGGGACGGGCCUCUCACCUGGGCCCAGCUGGAGUCCACCUCUCUGGGGUCGGCCGGUGUUGGGGAGCCCCUGGGCCUCUGUGGAGACUUUGAGCUCCAGAGAGGGGAGGUGGAGGCAGCGGAAGCCCUGGCUCUGUGCAGGGAACUGGGGGUGGAGAGGGAGGCCGAGGGGGCUCCCGAAUCGCCCUUGGAGGAGAGACCGGGGGAAGGAGAGGUGUCUGAUAUGGAAGAGGGAGAUUCGGAGGACGAGGGGCAGAGCAGCACGAGGGAGGAGAGUAGUAGUGAGUCAUCGGAAGGAGAGGCUGAAGAAGAGGAGGAAGAAGGGGAGGAAGACUAUGAUAAUGAUUUGAGUGACUUUGAGUGUGGCGACUCGGGGCUGGAACCUGGAGAGGUUUGCACUUACCCUGCUGCUCCGCUGGCGAAGAGAACCAGUAAGAGCUGGCGUCGCCCUCUGAGGAAGCCCACCGCCCGGGCCGUGCCCUCCACUGUCAAACAACAGGCUGUCAGCGACGACGGUAGGCACACACACACACACACAGGGAGGAGCAGGAGGCUGAGCCAUGGGCUAAGCCCCUCCUCUUCCUGUGGCAGAACAGGAAGUGUUACUUCACGGCGGAGAGAGAGUACAACGCUAACGCAGCCAAGAUGUUGCCGCACUGCGCUGUCUGCACACUGUUCAUGCCCUACUACCAGCCUGAGGACAGAGCUGACCGCCUCAAGCCCGUCCCCUCCUCCCCCCCCGUCUCCCACCACCUCCAGGACUAGAGGAGGACCAGGGGGUCUGAGGAGGAGCAAGCCCCUGCUACCAGAGAUCUGUUUCAGCUACAGGGAGCAGACGUGCCCCCCCACCCCCACCAACGCCCUGCUGCAGGAGGACGGCACCAGCCCGCUGAUCACCUGUCAGGGGUGCUGUCUACAGGUUCACGCUAGUUGCUAUGGCGUUGCCGCUGAUGAUGUCAGCGAGGACUGGUCGUGUGACCGCUGUGCGGACGGAACCUUGACGGCUGAGUGUUGUCUGUGUAAUCUGAGAGGAGGAGCUCUGAAGAAAACUACAGAUGACAAGUGGGCCCACGUUAUGUGUGCAGUAGCUCUGUCAGAGGUCUGGUUCAGGGAUGAAGUCAGGAGGAGUCCCAUUGAUAUCAGCAGGAUACCCAUGCAGAGAUACAAACUGAAGUGUAUCUACUGCCGUAAGCGGUGUGUGAGGCGUGGCCAGGGCGGGGGAGGGGCAUGUAUCCAGUGUUCGUGUGGUCGAUGCCCCACCUCCUUCCACGUUACCUGUGCCCACGCCGCCGGGGUCACCAUGGAGCCGGACGAGUGGCCUUACGUGGUGUCAAUCACCUGCCACAGGCACCAAUCACGGAGCUCGUCUGCUGUGAGUACUCAGAGCGGCUCGGCUUCGGUCCCUCCCACCACACAGCGUGCAGCGUUUCAGAAGGACAUCGUCCUGGGUCAGACCGUCAUCUCCAAACACAAGAACCUGCGGUACUACAGUUCAAAGGUCACCCAGGUGACCUCCCAGACCUUCUAUGAGGUCAUGUUUGAUGACGGAUCCUUCAGCAACGACACCUACCCAGAGGACAUAGUGAGCCGGGACUGUGCCUGUCUUGGUCCUCCAGAAGUAGGGGAGGCUGUCCAGGUGAAGUGGCCUGAUGGACUCUUCUAUGGAGCCAAAUCAGGGAUCAACACCUCGCAUAUGUACCAGGUGGAGUUUGAGGAUGGUUCCCAGGUGGUAGCUAAGCGAGAGGAUGUCUAUACUCUGGAUGAAGACCUUCCCAAAAAGUCAACGGCAUCCAGCAUGCGUUUCCAGGACGCCUUCUUCACGACCCAGGGAGAGAGGAAGAGACAGAGAACGCCCAACUCCCGUUUCCAGAAAGACUAUGUGGCCCUCCCAGGCCUCCUUACCGCCAGCCAGAGCACAUGGGAACCCCGCAGCCCUAAAGGGAAAUGAUAGAGGGGUGGAUGGAGUGAUGACAAAUGAAUGCACUGAUGUAUGGGUGUAGCUGUGGGAUGUGAAGGUGUGUGUGUGUGUGUGUCGGGGGGUAGGAAAGAGGGCUGGACGGAGGACAAUUUUGAUUGGACUGUAUUGUCCUGAAGAAAGGUUAUCAUGCGUUGUGGUGGUUACCCAGUGCUUUCUCAUAAGUCGGGGAAUUCAAAACAACAAUUUGUCACCUGAUGAGUUUUUUUUUUUUUAAUAAUAAAUGACAAAAACACGUUUUUCUUUUCUGUAUAUUUACAAAAACAAACCGAGCUUCUUAUUUUUCUUCUUUCUAAACAAGCCUACAAUACAGUAGCGUUUUGGAAUCUGUUGUAUCUACAUGAGGAUUUGGAAUCUGUUGUAUCUACAUGAGGAUUUGGAAUCUGUUGUAUCUACAUGAGGAUUUAUUUUUAAUAUGAAUGCAUCCCCAGUCCCAGCCUGUGUCCCAAAUGACACCAUAUUCCCUAUAUACUGGGCCCUGGUUAAAAGUAGUGCACUUCUAUAAGGGAAUAGGGUGCUAUUUGGGAGGCUGUCCCAGUGUUUUCCCUCUCCGCAUGUCAGCUGUCGUCUGCUACUUCUUCUCCUCGGCCGCGUCUCCAUACUCUCAGAGCGGCUUCCUCUCCUCAUUUCCUUGUAUACUCGUCUCCUUUCCUUUUAUCCUCCAUUUCACACUGACCCGAAAGGACAGGUGAAGGCGAACACACGAAAGACAGCGGUCGUUUUUGAUAUUGCUUUAAUUUGUCUGGGUCUUGUCGAGGAGUUGAGGAAAAAGGAGACGAGAAGAGGAAGCAACCAGAGUCGCUACUGUCGCCGUGUUGAAUAAAAACACGGUGAUCUAAUUAUUUAAUUUAAUAUUUGUAUUUAUUUUUGGGGCUUUCAAAAAAUGUUUAAAGUAUUGCUAACUGCUGUAAGGAAAACAAUAAAUAACUUCCAUGUC